AUGGCUCAACCCAAAGGAAACCUCGCAAACCUCCUCCCUCCCUCGUGGAAAACUUCAGUCACAGCUUGGCUCGCCGAAGACACGCCCUCUUUCGACUACGCCGGCUUCGUUGUUGGUGACGGUCCCCGCGUCGCUACCCUCUGGGGCAAAUCGAGCGGUGUUAUUGCCGGCCGACCCUUCUUCGACGAGGUCUUUGCGCAAUGCGGCUGCACGGUCGAGUGGCACGCUGAGGAGGGAAACGAUGUCGAUCUGAGUAGUGGCAAGCACCGAGUCGCAACUGUCAAGGGCCCUGUGCGCGGCAUUCUCCUUGGAGAGAGAGUUGCGUUGAACACACUUGCGCGAUGCUCUGGUGUUGCAACCAGGAGUUCAAGGCUUGUAUCCAUCGCGCGCAAGGCUGGGUACACAGGUGUGAUUGCAGGAACACGAAAAACGACACCAGGAUUCCGCCUUGUUGAAAAGUACGGCAUGCUGGUCGGUGGUGCCGACGCUCACAGAAUGGAUCUCAGCGCUAUGAUUAUGUUGAAGGACAACCAUGUCUGGAGCCGGGGCAGUAUCACCGAUGCCGUCAAGGCUGCCAAGUCAGUCGGCGGAUUCAGCAUGAAGGUCGAGGUUGAAGUACAGAGCGAGGCCGAGGCGGAUGAGGCAAUUGAAGCUGGUGCUGAUGUUGUCAUGUUGGAUAACUUCACUGGCGAUGGUGUCAAGGUUGCUUCUCGUAGUCUCAAGGAGCGCUGGCAAGGGAAGAGGCACUUCCUGUUGGAGGUUUCUGGUGGUCUUCAGGAGGAUAACUUUGAAGCCUAUCUAUGCAAUGAUGUCGAUAUUCUGUCAACAAGUUCGAUUCAUCAGGGUGUGCCGCACAUAGACUUUUCACUCAAGAUCGAGCACUAA